AUGUCACGGCGAACGCCGAACACCUGGAAGGUCGUCUUCUGCGGGGAUGGAGGUGUGGGAAAGUCUACCUUGAUAUACCAAUAUCGGCAUGAGAUGUUCCUGGAUGAUUAUGACCCUACUCAAUUGGACGUUCACCUCCCGGAACGGAAGAGAUACCCAGCCACGAUUAUCGACACUUCGGGUGUCAUAGCACACCCAGAUGCCCCAGGUCAUAUACGCACUGCCGAUGUCAUUGUGCUCGUAUUCGAUGUCACUCAGCUUCCGACACUUAUGAACGUCCGGUCGUUCGCCGGUGAGCCUUCCGACAAGGCGAAAUACGUCCUCGUAGGCAACAAAUGUGACAAGCUAGAAGGAAUGGCCAUCGUUGAAGCACAGAGAGCGAGAACCGUGGCACAAGUGAAAGCUGAGUUGAAGUGCCAGUAUUUUGAAGUCUCGGCCGAGAAGAAAUCAGAAGUGUCGGAGAUCUUCGACCAUGUGCUCCAACUACGGGACGCGGCACCUUCGCCUGGGAUCGCCUCGUCUCUGCUGUCUUGGCGAUACCUGGCGCGAUUCGUCUGUACUUGGAGUCACUCGAAUGAACCUGGCUCCGUCCGAGAGGGUUGGACUCUGUACUUCCCCACCUUUGGGAGAAGACACGUCUGUCAACACCAGUUCAGAAUCAACGCUCGAGUCACCAUCAAUGUGUCGCAGACUGGGAUAUGGAUGGUUGGGGGAGCUGCCGUGGCUUUUGGGUAGAGGUCGAGAGACGCGACGGUUGCCUUCGUGGGAG